AUUUUUCAUCCUUCCAUUGGUGUGUUUUCUAACACCUUUGGUUGGUAAAACGAGAAUUAGUUUCUCUCCAUUCCUCUUCAGUUUUCUUUCCCCAUUAGCCUUAACAAAACAAACAACAUCGCAAAGCAAAGAGAAGCCACUCAUUUUUAUUCCCCUAGCUAUGAACAAAUAUCUUUCCUCAUUUUUUUUAUGCCAUUCCCUCCUCAUCAAAUCUUGUAUCCAUUUUCAUUUUUCCUUUCUCUCUUAAUUUUGAUUUCUCAUUGUCUAUAUCUUUGUGUUUGGCAUGGGUAGCUACGACACCAACCCCUUUGCUGAAGAAGAGGUUAAUCCCUUCGCCGACGGAGGUGCUAAAGGAAAAGCAUCCGGGCUAUCAAAUCGUGGUGGUGGUGCAUCAUAUUCUAACAAUCCAGGACAUGCAUCAUCAAAACUUUCACCCUUGUCUCCCGAGCCUUACGAUCGGGCAACAACGGUUGACAUUCCUCUCGAUACCGAAAAGGACCUUAAAGCGAAAGAGAAGGAGCUUCAAGCUAGAGAGGCUGAAUUGAAAAGAAGGGAACAGGAACUAAAACGAAAGGAAGAUGCUAUAGCACGAGCUGGAAUAGUUAUUGAGGAGAAAAAUUGGCCACCAUUUUUACCUAUCAUUCAUCAUGAUAUUGCAAAUGAAAUACCAAUACAUCUUCAAUCAAUUCAAUAUGUUGCAUUUACAACAUGGUUAGGGUUGAUUAUAUGUCUUUUAUGGAACAUUGCAGCAGUUACUACUGCUUGGGUCAAAGGAGAAGGUAUUUCUAUUUGGUUUCUUUCGAUCAUAUACUUUAUUUCUGGAGUUCCAGCAUCUUAUGUGACGUGGUAUCGUCCCUUAUAUCGUGCUACAAGGACGGAUAGUGCUCUAAGGUUUAGUUGGUUUUUCUUGUCAUAUGGGGUGCACAUUCUUUUUUGCGUUUUUGCGGCAGUUGCUCCUCCGAUGAUAUUUAAAGGAAAAUCUCUUACAGGUAUUUUGCCUGCAUUUGAGGUAUUGGACUACAAUCUAGUGGUUGGGAUAUUAUACUUCAUUGGAUUUGGAUUUUUUUGCAUUGAAUCACUAUUGAGCAUUUGGGUUAUUCAGCAAGUGUACAUGUACUUUCGAGGCAGUGGAAAAGCUGCAGAAAUGAGACGUGAGGCUGCCAAAGGGGCUAUGAGGGCAGCUCUAUGACAAGGUGAUGAAAUGUGGAAAGUGACACUUGCAAAUGUAUUAUUAGUGGUUUCACCCAAAAUAUUGAUUUCUUCUUGUUAGUUUCUUGCAUGGUUUGAGGUCUGCAUAAAAGUAGGAUCUUUUAUUAUAGGUUUUGUCCUAGGAAUUGAGUCGUGUUUGGAUAUGUGUAUGUAAAGUUGAUUUUGGAUCAAUGUG